AUGAAAGCGGGAGAUGCACAACUUCUUUUAGACUACUUCCAAGCGAAGCAAAAAGAAAAUAAGUCUUUUUUUUACACUAUUCAACCUGACGAAGAAGACCGUAUUAUGAAUAUUUUCUGGUGCGAUGCAAAAUCUAGGAUAGAUUAUAGUGCAUUUGGAGAUGUUGUGUGUUUUGACACUACAUUCAAAACCAAUGGUUAUGACUUGCCAUUUGCACCAAUCGUUGGGGUGAACAAUCAUGGUCAGACUAUACUAUUUGGAAGUGCUUUAUUAAAGGAUGAGAGUACACGUUCAUUCGUAUGGUUGUUUGAAACAUUCCUCACAGUAAUGGAAGGAAAAGAGAUGAAAACUAUAUUGACUGAUCAGGCCAUCCAGAUUUCCAACGCAAUUAAACAGGUAUUCCCUAAUGCUCAUCAUCGUCUCUGCUUAUGGCAUAUUUUCCAAAAUGCUGCGAAACACUUAUCACAUAUUUUUGGCAUUCAUGAAUCAUUUUUAAGUGAUUUUAGAAAAUGUAUUUAUGAUUAUGAUACUGAAUAUGAGUUUCUAUCAAGCUGGGAACAACUACUUGAAAAAUAUGAGUUAAAGGAUAACAAAUGGUUGAACAAGUUAUUCAAGUUACGUGAAAAAUGGGCACAAGUAUAUGGCAGAGAGCAUUUUUGCGCUGGUAUGACAACCACUCAAAGAAGUGAGAGCAUAAACAAUUACUUCAAAAAAUAUUUCAAGAAGAAACAAAUUCUUCGAGAGUUUGUGGGUCAAUUUGGUAAAGCAGUUGCUGCUUGGCGCGAAAAAGCCAAAAAAGCAGAUUACAAAUCUAUGGCAACGAAGCCAAACUUGACGUCAGUAUGGGAAGUAGAAGAAAAAUCAUCUAAAAUAUAUACUAGUAAUAUUUUCAAUGAAUUCCAGAUGAAAGUUAAGAGGCUCAUUGACCUUGAAUUCAAACUUGAUAGUGAUGAUGGAACAACUAGCAUAUACAAAGUAUCAUCCUAUAUUGGAAAACGAGCACCUCGCACGGUACGUAUCACUUCCUCUACCCUUACAUUCCAGUGUAGCUGCAAAAAGUUUGAGUUCUUUGGCAUACUAUGUGCACAUAUUUUGAAAGUACUGCGCCAUUUGAAGAUUUCCGAUCUUCCAUCAGAAUACUACUUGAAAAGGUGGACGAAAGAUGCAUCAAAUAGUAUAGUUAUUGAUUCUCAAGGAAAUAGUUUAAUGGUUGAUUGUGAUCCAUCUUUAUCAGCACGUUAUAGUGAGUUGUCACACUUAGCGUUAUCUGUAACUACAAAAGGUUGUAUAAAUGAGGAAGCAAGUAUAUUUGUAAAACAGGCGUUGUUGCGGGUUCUUGAAGAGACAAAAUCUCUUUCGACAGCCCAGCCUAAUAACGUUGGAGUUGAUCGCGAAAAGAAUUUGCUUGAAAUAAGCGAUGAAGAUCUUCCACAGGGGAACACAACACUAAAAGAUCUCAUUCGAAAGAAAACAAUAGGGGAGUCUUCUGCUAGACAUAAAGAUCCUAUGGAGGUGGGGAAAAGGGGAAAGAAGGGGAAAAAAGGAAAAAUGACUAAGAACAAAAAAUGA